AUGAACGGCUCCCGAGCUUUGGCCGCGGGCAAGAGAAAGGCCCCGGCCUCUCCUGGCCAGGCGCCCCCCGCCAAGCGCUCCGUCAACGGCAAGCUCCCGGCCGACGACGUCACCCCGGACAUUGACAUUGUCGACUACGACGACGACGACGACUCUGCCCUCUCCGACGACCUCCACCCCCAUGCUGCUCUGUACGUCGGCACGCCGAGCAGCCUGGGCGAAUGGCAGGACACGAUCCAAAAGGUUGUCCGCAACGUCGUCGCCAUCCGCUUCUGCCAAACGUGCUCCUUCGAUACCGACCCGGCCCUGACCAGCGAGGCAACCGGCUUCGUUGUCGACUCGGAACGAGGAUACAUCAUGACGAACCGGCACGUAGUUGGCUCCGGUCCCUUCUGGGGCCACUGCGUCUUCGACAACCAUGAGGAGGUCGACUGUUACCCUGUGUACCGCGAUCCCGUCCACGACUUUGGCAUCCUCCGCUACGACCCCAAAGCCAUCAAGUACAUGCACGUCGACGGCUUGGAUCUCAGGCCAGACCAGGCCAAGGUGGGUGUUGAGAUCCGGGUUGUAGGCAACGAUGCCGGUGAGAAGCUCAGUAUCCUGUCCGGCGUCAUCAGCCGCCUGGACCGGAAUGCGCCCGAGUACGGCGAGGGCUACAGCGACUUCAACACGUGUUACUACCAGGCAAACGCUGCCGCCAGCGGCGGUAGCUCUGGCAGUCCGGUCGUGAGUAAGGACGGUUCGGCGGUCGCCCUGCAGGCUGGCGGUCGCUCCGACGGAGCCUCGACAGACUACUUCCUUCCCCUGGACCGCCCCCUGCGUGCUCUUCAGUGCAUUCAGCAGGGACAGCCCGUCACUCGUGGCGAUAUCCAGUGCCAGUUCCUGCUCAAGCCCUUUGACGAAUGCCGCAGGCUGGGUCUCAGCCCGCACUGGGAGGCGGCCACGCGAGAGGCCUUCCCCGACGAGACAAACAUGCUCGUGGCCGAGAUUGUCCUGCCGUCGGGCCCUUCGGCCAACAAUAUUGAGGAGGGCGAUGUCCUCAUCAAGGUCAACGGCGAGCUCCUCACGCAGUUCAUUCGCCUGGACGACAUCCUCGACUCCAACGUCGGAAAGCCCAUCAAGCUCCAGCUGCAGCGUGGCGGCCAAGAUGUCGAGGUGGAGCUCGAAGUCGGAGACCUUCACCGUAUCACGCCAGACCGCUUCGUCACCGUGGCCGGGGCCAGCUUCCACGAUCUCUCGUACCAGCAGGCCAGGCUAUAUGCGGUGCCGGUCAAGGGUGUCUACGUGUGCGAAUCUGCGGGAUCGUUCAGGUUCGACAACACCGACAACGGAUGGAUCGUCCAGACGGUCGAUCACAACAAAGUCCCGGAUCUCGAGGCCUUCAUCGAGGUCAUGAAGAAGAUUCCCGACAAGGCCAGGGUUGUGGUAACGUACAAGCACCUGCGCGACCUGCACACCCUCAACACAACAGUCAUUUACGUAGACCGGCACUGGUCGUCCAAGAUGAAGCUGGCCGUCCGAAACGACGUGACGGGGCUGUGGGACUUUACCGACCUAGGAGAACCACUCCCGCCGGUCCCGCCGGUCCGCCGGUCCGCGUCGUUCAUCGAGCUCGACCACAUGCCGCACCCGGGCAUCGCCGAGUUGAUUCGGAGCUUUGUCCAUGUCAACUGUACCAUGCCCGUAAAGCUGGACGGCUUCCCCAAGAACCGCCGCUGGGGCAUGGGCUUGGUCAUUGAUGCCGAGAAUGGCCUGGUCCUCAUCUCAAGAGCCAUUGUGCCCUACGACCUGUGUGACAUCACCGUGACCAUUGCCGACUCGGUCAUUGUCGAGGGCAAAGUCAUUUUUCUGCAUCCGCUCCAAAACUACGCCAUCAUCAAGUACGACCCGUCGCUCGUCGACGCCCCCGUCAAGAGCGCCCGCAUGAGCAGCGAGCACCUCACCCAAGGCGCCAAGACGUACUUUCUAGGCUACAACAGGAUCGGACGGGUCGUGCAUGGCGCCACCACCGUCACCGAGAUCACGGCCGUGGCCAUCCCGGCCAACUCGGGGGCCCCGCGAUAUCGCGCCGUCAACGUCGAUGCCAUUACCAUUGACAGCAACCUUGGGUCCACGUGCAACAGCGGCGUGCUUGUUUCCCCCGACGGUACGGUGCAGGCGCUCUGGCUCUCGUACCUCGGCGAACGGUCGCCUUGCAGCCAGCGAGAUGAGGAGUACUACCUGGGCCUGGGCACGUCGACGCUGCUGCCCGUCGUUUCGGCCAUUCAGAAGGGGGAGACGCCGCAGCUGCGCAUGCUCUCGGUCGAGUUCAGAUCGGUGCAGAUGUCGCAGGCCCGCGUAAUGGGGGUGUCUGAUGAGUGGAUCAAGAAGGUCACGCAGGCCAAUCGGUCGCACCACCAGCUCUUCAUGGUCAGCAAGAGAACUUUUGAGCGAGGCCAACAUCCAGUGUCUCUGCUCGAGGGGGACAUUGUGUUGACGCUGAACGGCAAGAUUUGCACUACCAUCUCGGACUUUGAUGUCAUGUACUCCAGCGAGCUGCUGGACGCCGUCAUUGUCCGCGAGUGCGAAGAGCUGCAUCUGCAGCUGCCCACGGUCGCAGCCGACGACAUGGAGACGGACCACGCCGUGUCCUUUUGCGGCGCUGUUCUCCAUCGCCCGCACCAGGCCGUGCGACAGCAGAUUAGCAAGCUUCACAGCGAGGUCUAUGUCUCCAGCCGAAUCCGGGGCUCGCCGGCCUACCAGUACGGCGUGGCCCCUACCAACUUCAUCACACACGUGAAUGGAAGGCCGACGCCUGAUCUGGAGUCAUUCAUCGCAGCGACCCGAGAGAUCCCAGACAACACAUAUUUCCGUCUCAAGGCGGUGACGUUUGACAGCGUGCCUUGGGUUAUCACGAUGAAGAAGAACGACCACUACUUUCCCACAAUGGAAUGGGUCAAAGACGGCAACGAGGCAUGCGGGUGGCGACGUGCGACAUACGAGGGCACCCAGGUAUUCCAAGGGGAAUCCAUUGACGGAGUGCCGCCUGUCGUUGAGGACACCGAGAUGGAGUGA